AUGCCUCCGAUCAAGGUGGAGGGCAUCAAGGCCGAGCGCUGCAAGGAUAGCCUAAACAACCUACCUAUGAUCCCCGACCCCUUGUUGCAGCAGUCAGCUCUAGGUUCUGCUGAUUCCAUACAUGUGGCUUCUCCAGAUGUUACAGCCCCAUCGUCGGCGGCUACUCUUCCGCCCGACACGCCGCUCCGCCGAAUCAAGGCCGAGCCAAGUCCUGCUCAGAUGAAGCAGGAUAUCAAGCAAGAACAAAUCCAUCCCGACGUGAACUCCGUUAUCCCAGCCCAAAAUGAUUCGAUGUCGGCGGCGGCCCCACUGCCCAUCUUUCCCCAAGACUCCGGGGAGAGGGAGUCUCAGGAGGCGGACCCCCUCGAGCAGUGGGCUACAGAGACAUCACCCGAGAGUCUCGAGGAAGGAGUCAAGAUUGGCAUGGAGCUGCUCGAAAGCCUCAAGGUUCCUCUCGGCCUCACAGCCUCGCUUCCAGAGACUCAAGGCUCCACGUGGCUAAAGGCCAUCAACGAUAUUCAGAGCCGCUCUCAGCCACCCAAGACUAUUGUCGGCGUCGUUGGCAACACGGGCGCAGGCAAAAGCUCCGUUAUCAACGCAUUGCUCGACGAAGAGCGGCUUCUUCCCACCAAUUGCCUGCGCGCCUGUACCGCUUCCCCAACUGAGAUUUCCUACAACCACUCCCAGAAUCCCGAGGAGCUUUACCGCUCCGAAAUCGAGUUCAUAUCACUAGAGGACUGGAAGAAAGAGCUCAAGACACUCUUCACUGAUCUUCUGGACGACAGCGGCAACAUCUCGCGCGAUUGCACCAACGAAGACAGCGAGGCGGGCAUCGCGUACGCCAAGAUCAGGUCUGUCUACCCUUCCAAGACGAAGGAGAUGAUUGCCGAAAGCAGCCCCGAGAAACUGGCCAACGAGCCCGCAGUCGCCCGCGUUCUCGGUACCGUCAAGAACCUCACGGCGACUACGGCCAAGGAUCUCUAUGCUAGCAUGCAGCGCUAUGUCGACAGCAAGGAAAAGAACCCGCACAGCAAAAAGAAUGUACAGAUGGAGUUCUGGCCGCUGAUCAAAGUGGUCCGCAUCUUCACCAAGGCCAAUGCCUUGUCCACUGGUGCCGUCGUUGUCGAUCUGCCAGGCGUGCAAGACUCCAACGCCGCCAGGGCCGCUGUCGCUCAGAAGUACAUGAAGUCUUGCACCGGACUUUGGAUCGUUGCCCCCAUCAACCGUGCAGUCGACGACAAGACUGCCAAAUCCCUCCUGGGCGACUCCUUCAAGCGCCAGCUCAAGUACGACGGCAUAUACUCGGCCGUUACCUUCAUUUGCUCCAAGACAGACGACAUCUCAGUGACCGAAGCUGCUGAGAGUCUCGACAUUGAAUCCGACAUAUCUGAGUCCUGGGCCAAGAUCGAAGACUUUCGACGCAAGCUUCGAGACCUUAAGCAGGAACUCAGCAACGCCAGAGAUGAAAAGGGAGAUCUCAUCGAAUGUCUUGAGCAGGCCGACAGCGAUUGGGACAAGUGGGACGAACUUGCAAACAAGUGUGCAGACGGCGAGACUGUCUACGCCCCUUCGGAGAAUAGCAGAAAACGCAAGCGCGGAUCGUCCUCGUCCAGGAGCCGCAAGAACCAUAGAUCGUCUGAUCCCGACGAUAGCUCGGACGACUCGGAUCUCAACUCGGAUAGUGAUAAGGAAAACAACCCCGACAACGAGAAUCGACAGCCCUUGACCGAGGAUAAGAUCCACGAGAAGCUGGCUGAUCUCAAGAAUCUGAGGAAGGAGAUCCGCCAGAGUCGCAAGGAAGUGGAUGCAAGGCUUUCCGACAUCCGAGAAGAAAUCAAAAAGGUUCAGUCAGAAGAGGGGCGACUUCUGGGCAAGGUCAAGUCUAUUUGCAUCCAGGGCCGAAAUGGAUAUGCGAAGGGUGCCAUCCAAAGAGACUUUGCCAUGGGCAUCAAAGAACUGGAUCAAGAGGCUGCCAUCGAGGAAAAUGAACAGACUUUCAACCCCGACGAAGACAUCCGCGACUACGAUGAGGUUGCUCGGAAUCUGCCAGUGUUCUGCGUCAGCAGCCGCGCUUAUCAGAAGAUGAGAGGCAGACUGCAGAAGGAUGACUUCAAAAACGAGGGCUUCCGCGACGUUAACGAGACCGAGAUCCCACAACUCCAACAGCACGCGAAAAAGCUUACCGAGGGAGGUCGGGCUGCCCAUUGCCGUCGCUUCCUCAACGACUUGAGACAGCUCCUCAACUCGAUGCGGAUGUGGGCUGCCAAUGAUGGAACUCAGGCUCACAUGACGGAUCGAGACAAGUGGAACAAGGAGACGAGCCUCAGAACCCAAUUGUCUAGUCUGGAAAAGGAUUUCACCAAAGCAGUUGAUGAGUGUGUCGCUGCCAUCAAGGAUGCUCUGUCCGAGAGCAUCUAUGACUUCUUCGACCAGUCCAUCCCGGCCGCGUCAGAUGCUGCUGUUCCCACGGCAACGGGCUGGGGGGCGCAUCGUAGCGAAGGCGGUUUGUUCUGGGCCACCUACAAGGCAACCUGUCGCCGAGCCGGCGUGUAUACUGGGGCCUCUGGACCUCGCGACUUCAAUGCAGAGCUGUUUGAGCCCAUCUCUCGACAGCUCGCUACCGGAUGGGAGCGAGCUUUCCAGCGCCGCCUUCCACAGGCCCUUGAAGGUUUCGCCAUAAGCGCUCGCUUGCUGCUGGAAGACUUCCACCGCAAUGCCGUCUCGGGUUCGCUGGAGCGCGGCAAUAACCACGCUGGGAUCAACAUGCUCAGCAAUCAGCUGCGAGCACACACAGCGCGUUCAAAAGAGAUUCCCGCGAUGAUUAAAACGGUUGUCCAAGAGCUGCAGCGCGAAGCCAGCCGCGGCUUUCACCCGGUCAUUCAACAGGAAAUGCAGCCCGCGUACGAUAUCUGUGUCGCCGAGUCUGGCCCGGGAUCCUACGCCCGUAUGAAGAGCCAUAUGGUCAACCACGUCGAGAACUCCAGACACACCAUGUUCCGUCACUCCACCGAGAGUGUUAAAGGGCAGCUUCGGGCGUUGUGUAGCCGCGUCGAGCACGAGAUUACGCAGCAAGUGCAGGACAUCUACAACCUGCUAGCGCGAGACUACUUGGCAGUUAUUGUGGGCGUUGACAACAACGCCCAGCACAGCAGCGUCCCGCGUACUGAGCGUUUGCUUCGGGCCGAGAUGCGUCCCAUCUUGGAGACGGCGGGCCAGUGGUUUGCCCGUUCCGGCUCCAAGGACGUCUCAGAGGCUGUGCAUACGCCAGAAGACCAGGGUGAUCCGUUUGCCGACGGGCAUGAAACUGGUUUGGAAGACGUAUUGCCUUGGAAGUUCGGUGAGGUCGGCGACCUAGCGGCCGUCAAGAGCGAGCCGAUUUACUAG